GCCACCCUCAAUCCCCGUUCCCUAGAUAUCUCUUAGACUCAGUUUUCUGUAUCUUGUUCAGUAAGGUUGCCAAUUCUGGGUUGGGAGAUUCCUGGAGAUUUGAGAGUAAAAGUGAUGUCAUAGCACCACGCUGGAAACAUGUAUGAGAAGAUUGAGAAGAAUGUACCUGCAUCAGCACCUCAAGGGAGGCAUUGGAAGGGGGUGUGGUUUGCUACAGCAGGCUGAAGGGGGAACUGCAUGGCCUGCACUGCCUUCUUUGUGACAGAAUUGGUGAGUGAGGGAAUAAUGCCCACUGGGAAAGGAGAUGCAAGCCAUAUAGGACUUGGCCUUUUUUGUCUGCAUUGCAAGAACUAUGGGGAGAAACUCCACCCCUGAGGACUAAAGCAUCACUGAACUUUAAGCUAUUGAUCAUAUUUGCUUUAAGUAUGUGCUAAAUGUAAGAAAGGAGAUUGUGUUUUCCAACUUUUCUCCAUCCCCUUGCCCAGCCUGAAGGCCUGAACAGACUAUGUGUGUUCUUUUAUCUAUUGAAGGCUCUCUUGUAUCAUAACCAAGUCCCAUUCACUCUUCAUGAUUGCUGAUCUUUAUCUUCACAGGUGUACCUGAGCUGGAGCUACCCAGGUCGUCAACUUGUCAGUGUUGUUUAGGAAGCUGAGCUUUCUAAGCACAAUGGGAGGCUGAUCCAUGGGACAAUCUCAUUUUCCAAGUACUGUUCAAUCAGUCUCUAUGACUAUUGACCCUUUAUUUUGCCAGAGAAGCCAAACAGGGAUCAUUUGACUGUGUCAAGAAGUAUGGGUGGCUGGACCAUGAUGCCAGGGAGUGUAGGAACCCAUUAUCCAAUCACCAAGUACAGUUAACCAACUUACAUGACUCCUAACCAUUCAGUUUUACAGGGAAGCCAUGUAUCACACAACCCUUCCAGUUUCUAGGAGAGUUGACUGGGAGUCACCUGAUGUUGGGGGCAGCAAAUCCUUUUCAUCCUUUCAGGUUUGGCAGAGCAGGAAUCACCUGCAGGUGCUUCAGUGAUGGUCUUGUUUUAAUUCUAUCAGACCACUGCCCAGAGGAAAGGGAGACUGAAGAAAAGAUUUGGCAGAAUAAUGGAGUAUCAGCAGGCAUUGCUGUUCUGGACUUGGGGGCUCGGAGGGUGCCCUCCUGAUUUGGCCAGCAGGGCCCAGUGGAUAUCUUGGCAGAGGCACUGAGUACUGGCAGGCAAGUGUUGUCAUGUUGAGGGCUGGGAGCCCGAAACAACCACCUGCUCAUUUGCCUGGCAGGGUCCAGCAUGGUGCACUCAGCAGGGGUAUGGAAUACUUGCAAAUAUUUCCAGGCUGGAUUGGGGAGUCCAGUACAGCCCCCUUUGCUGUUUUGGCUGGCAGGUGCCAGUAUGGACCUUGGCAGAUGAACUUGGCAGUGGCAUGGAGUGCCUGCAAGUGCUGUCAUGCUGGAUGAUUUGGCUCGCAGGAUCCUGCAUGAAUGGAGGCUACAAUGCUUCUGUAGGUCUGCAGUAUAGCCUUUAUUGACCUGGGACAGGAAGCCCUUGGAUGCCAUUAUCCUUGAAUCAUAGACCCUGUGGCUAGGGGGACAGGAAGUGGCACACCUCUGUCAAGCAUCAUGAAGGCUUGGCAAUGAGGAGCCUAAACCAUAUGCAUAUGAUGGUUCAGGGCUUGUAGCUAGCCCCACACAUCAGUUCAGUGAUGUGCAAACAAGAGAAAGCUUAACUCUUCAACAUCCCACAAAAGGUCUGCACUGCAACUAGGUUUGGAAUGGGGUUUGGCCUUUGGGAGUUGCAGAUCCCUCUUUGAUUGAUGUAAAUAAUUAAAUAAAAUUUGCUCUUUUUAUUACCCUACUGAAAGUGUGAGCUCUCCUCGUUCCACAUCUGCAUGCAAACCAGGAUUAAGCCAGAACUGGACCCCUGGUUUGUAUGGCAAUUAACAAACCAAAGUUUGUGGUUUAGAUGUAACUACAAACUAUGGUUUGCCCUGAAAGUAAAAUAAUUACUGAUAUGAGAGAAGUGGAGGGAGUCCAUGCAAGCCAGAGGAUCCCCCAAGUUCUUUAAUUUAACAGCAAACCAUUGUUUGUUAUUAACUGUGAAACAUGCCUCUUUGUCCUCUGGAUGCAGGCAAUUAGGACAUCCAGCAGCAUAACAGAAAAUUAGUGCAAAGCACUUAAGAAAAAGGAUGAUGGUCAUAGCAACAGUGAACAAAGAUGACUUAAAGCAGAGAUAUCAUUACUGCUUGACCUCCAACUCAUGCAGUUCCUUGGGUCCAUCAUCCCCUCAAACCAGCAUUUCAGGGGUCAGUUUGGACUGCAUCAGGAGUGGGUGCUAUUGGACCCAGACUUUGCUGUUUGACUGCAGACCAACACGCUACCCACCUGAAACUAUCGUCACGGUUCUUGUGAAUCUCAUUCCAAGUGCCUAUUCAGAUGCCUUUGCCAUUUUGAAUGUUUCUGAGUUCAAGCAUGAUGGUAACCACCUUUCUUCUUUUGCUCAUUUCCCUACAUGUUUCCGGAAAUAUAUAUGGUCCAAGGCUACUGACAAGUCAUGUUGGAGAAUCAGUCACAAUCAAAUGCUACUAUUUAACCACAAUAGCCAACAAACAUGACAGGAAAUUUUGGUGCAAGGAAUCGGAACGCUUCAGAACUUGCCACACCCUUAUUUCUACUACUGAUUUCAUCCAUGAAAGCUAUAAAACAAGAGUAUCAAUAAAGGAUAUCCCUCAGAAUGGGAUUUUGCUAGUGACGAUGACACAGCUGGAGAAGACUGACUCUGGGAGAUACAGAUGUGGAAUUGGCAAGAGCAACACUGGCUUAUAUUAUGGAAUAAAUAUGAACAUUUGGGAAGGUAGGCAAGAUCUGUCUAAAGGACCUGAAAUUUUCUGGGGGAAAGUCAGCGGGUCAGUGGCAAUAAAAUGUUCAUCUGAAGGUCACAACUCAAGUGAAAGGAAAUUUUUAUGCAAAGUGAGAAGAACCGGCUGCUUUGUGAUGGCAGAUUCAAAAAGGAACACAAGUAGAUUUGUUUUCACUGCUGAAGACAGCUCAGGAAAUUUCAAAGUCUUCAUAAAUCAAUUGAGAAAAGAAGACUCAGGAAUGUAUAAGUGUGGGACAGGAAUGCCUGAUAACGAUGCAAGUGCAAGAGCCAUGCAACUGCAAAUUACAGAGGAAUCUGUCUUUUCUAACAUCUUACAUUAUGCACAAGCUACAUAUGAGUCACAAACAAGUUCUGCUUCCUUCCAAAGUUGUGUGACACCUACAAAUGAAUUCUACAAGGACAGCUCUUUACAAACCAAACCGAAUCUACUUUCAAUUGUGAUUCCAGUUUUUCUUGUCGCUCUGGUUCUUGCUGCCACUAUUAUCACAGUAUUUGUUAAAAUAAAGCAGCAAAAGAAAUGUGAUCCAAGUGGUGUUGAUGCAAGAAAUCCUGAAGCAGCAAUAGAAUUAAAUGAGCAGAAGUGUCCAGUUGAGCAUGCUGAAGAAGAAAACAGAGGCUCAGAUGAACAAGGAUCUUCUGUAGAACCCAAUAAAAAGAUCCCAACUGUUUAUUGUUUGCUUAGUAAGCAAAAACUUGAAGAGUCAAGAGGAGAAGACUGACAGCCUUCAAACCUGUAUUACACAGACAAAGCAAUUCUCCGUGUUUUUGUUCCAGCACAGCAAAUCCUAUCUCUCACCUUGUGAAAUUGACGUGGAAAAAGCAUCAUGGGAGAGAGUCAACAUGUCCAAAUCAAAAAGAGUCCAGUAGC